AUGGCGGCGAUCUCGGCACCAUCCUUUGACGUGACCGGCGAAAAUGUCUCCACGGGCGAGUCACACCACUUGGAGUUCCCUUGCUCCGCGACUCUUGGAAAGCGCUCUCGAACACCCACGGCGCUAAGCAUUUGGGCAGAGAGCCGACAACCAAAAUGCCACGAGCCCGAGCGCAACAGGCACGGCCAGAAGACUUGGUACUGCAAACGCUGCUCCUACUCUCAAGCCGCCCAUAAUACAGUACGCAGCCAUCUCCGGGACAAGCACUGCAUAUGGAUUGCUGAACAACAGACAGCCAAGAAGCUUGGCCAAGACAUUGCCAUCGACAGGCUGUUCAAGCAACAAGCUGUAAGACAAGAAGGCCACGAUAUUCAACAAGAUUGGCGCCUUCGAGCUGCUAUCCAUGAAGAGGCGUACAACCAGGCAUUAGUCAGCCUCAUCACUGUGCAUAGCUUGCCGUUUAGCCUUGUUGAGUGGCCAGAAUGGUAUGCCGUACUUCAUACUGUCAAUCGCAUGGCGCCGGCUACAGUCACGCAGAGCCGGGGUCAAGUCCUGAGGCUUUUGGAGGCCAGCUUUUCGUCCCAUCGCGAGGCUCUAGCAUGCAAUAUUGCCGCUUCCGUCACUCAGAUACAUUUUAUUACCGACACCCGGUCCUCUCCCAGUCAGCAUGCUCUUCUUGCUAUUGUGGCCCACUUCAUCAACGACGACAGGAUCUUUACGGAAGUUAUUCAUUCAUACGGGAUGCGCGACAAAAUCGGCUACUUCACCUUAGACAAUGCAUUCAACAAUGACACCAUGCUGCGCGCUCUCGUCAACACCUUCAGCUUCAACCCAGCUCAUCGCCGGCUGCGCUGCCAUGGCCAUAUCAUCAACCUGGCCAUGCAGACAUUCUUGUUUGGGAAGAACAAGGAUGCUUCCGAUGAGACGAUGCGUCAUGUGACAAUGCUGUCCCGCAGGGAGCAUGAUGGCGUGGGCAGAAGGGCUGAAACAGCGCAGUCCUGGCGGCAACACGGGCCUCUUGAGAUAUUGCACAAUCUGGUGGUAUGGAUUCGCUCAUCGAUGCAACGAUAUCAGGCUUUCGUGCAGGCAGCCGGACGUAUGAUCCCGCAAGACAAUUCCACAGGAUGGAACUCAUAG